UUCGGAAAAGAGUAAUGGCAAAUGGACUGUACUUGGAUAUUGCCUUUCUAGUCUUCUGACCACUGACCACACACAUUCACCCAUUCACACAAAUUCAUACACCCGGCAGUCUGGGGUUCAAAUUUCUCUGUUGUUAGUGACAGUAAAACAACGUCUCUUCACUUGUGGGAGUGGGAUCAAACAUUAAAACAGUCCUGACCAGGGCUCUAUUUAGAACCUCCUGUUAGUUACACCAGCAUGGAGCUCAUUGUCGGCAGGUGAAAAAGACAGGGUUCCCACGGUCAUGGAAAACCUGGAAAAGUCAUGGAAUUUUAAAAUAAAAAUUUCCAGGCCUGGAAAAGUCAUGGAAUUGGUAAAAUUCUUUAAAGUUUUGGAAAAGUUAUGGAAUUUUGUUUUGUGAAAUGAAAUUAAUUGUUACAGUGGAUAACCUUCCACGUAAUGUAACAUAACGGCAGGAACGGUAGGAUUUGCCGUUAGCGGUUUGUAAACAGAGAGCUCGGUUGCCAGGCAGCAGAACACAGCCCAGUGUACCACCUGCAGCAUCACAUACCGACAAAUGACUAACUACCUGCAGGAAAAUGAGUGAUGAUGUAUCUGUAUCUGUAUGUUGAACAGGUGUAUUGAUAAAGUAUUGGCUUUUUACUUGCGAAGGUUUUAUUGCACUUGCAGUAAAGAGCGUAGUUGGAGGAGCUCCUCUCCUCUGCUCUCAGGGUCGGGGCUGUCAUGGACACAGAGCAGCACAGAGAGGCUGCAGAUGAUAAUUAAAAUUACACCAAAACGUUAAAAAAAAAAAAAGUACACAUAAGCUUAUAAGUGAUAAUUGAGAGGGAUUUUUCUAGUCUAUACAUUGUUUUUUAGGAAAACCCUACUCUUGCCUUUAACGUAGCUCUAAUAUGCGGCGACACGUGACUAGAUGACAACUGCACGUCAUGUCACGUUUCUUUCUUUCUCCAUGCAUUCUGUUUCUCCCUCCACGUAUGCUAGCUAGCUGAUAUGAUGUUUGAAUAAUGCCGGGAAAGUGUGCAUUUAAUAUUUCAUGGCUCUCUAAAGACCGAUACAAACUUUGGUUAGAAACCGAACAAGAGAAUGACCAACAUGCGAGAUGUAAGCUUUGCAAAAAGAGCUUUGAUGUUAGCAAUAUGGGGGAGGCAGCCCUCACAAGUCAUGCUAAGGGAACGAAACACAUCCAACACGAGAAGACCGCGAGAGAUGGCCUACCAAUCCAGGCGUUUUUCAACUCGACGAAAACCACGGCAAGACCAGCAAGUGGACCGGGGUCUGUCUCCAACAUGAGCGUGGUUGCUACAGCUAAGCAAAGCACUUUAAAUGUAAUACCAGCACCCACUGCUACCGCGGCUUCGGCCGCAGAGAUACUUUGGGCGGAUUCGCAUUAUUCAUACAAUUCCUGCAGCAAUGUCGGGGGCCUAUUUUCGAGAAUGUUCCCAGACAGUGAGAUCGCUAGACAGUUUAGAUGUGGGAGCACCAAAGCCGCCUAUCUCAACACAUUCGGUGUUGCACCCUACUUCAAAUCUCUCCUCGUUAGAGAGAUAUCAAGACAAAUUGGAUAUGUGAUGCUAUUUGAUGAGUCACUGAACCAUGAAUUGCAACGGAAACAGAUGGACUUGCACGUUUGCAUUUGGGAUGGUGGAAAGGUGCGGACGCGGUAUGUUGGCUCUGAAUUUUUUGGCCAUGCAACUGCACGUGAUGUUGUUGACAAAAUGAUUCCUGUUCUUGAAGGCAUUGGAGUGAAAAAUCUUGUUCAACUGUCGAUGGACGGUCCUCAUGUCAAUUGGAAAAUAUUUGACAUGCUACAGAAAGAAGUUCUCGGUGAUGUUAACAAAUCCCUGCUCAAUAUUGGAUCAUGUGGAUUACACGUUAUACAUAAUGCAUUCCGGGAUGGGUGCAAAGCAAGUGGCUGGGACAUUAAACAUGCUCUUUCUAGCCUGUACUGGCUUUUCAAAGACAGUCCUGCCCGUAGAGAGGACUACACUAAGGUCACAGGCAGUGACACCUUUAUGCUGAAAUUUUGCAGCAUCGUUGGAUUGAGAACAUCGACGUCUGCACCCGAGCACUUCUCAUAUGGCCACAUGUGCAGACAUAUGUUGAAGCGGUUGCUCGAAAAGAUUUCCCAGAGCCCAAAUGCAAGUCAUAUCAAGAAGUAAAGAAAAGUGUAUCUGAUCCACUCUUCCCUAUGUGGGUAGCAGUGUAUGAAAGCAUUGCGAAGCAGGUCACUCCAUUCUUGACAGCCUACCAAACGGAUAGACCCAUGCUUCCCUUCAUGACGGACGACAUGUUCAAGUUACUCAAAGGGCAUAUGGAGUGGUUUAUGAAGGACAAGGUCCUGAAACAAGCCACCAACAUGCAGAAGCUUCUCCUGAUCAACACGGCUGAUUGUUUCCUCCACAAGAAUGCUACCAAAGUCGACGUUGGAUUUGUGGCAGAAACGUCCAUCAGACAGCUCAAAAGCAAAAGCAAAACCACAGAGAGGCAGGUGCUAGACAUGGAGACCAAGGCCUUUCUUACAACUCUCCUUGCAAAACUCCUACUUAAGGCUCCAGUGAACCACCUGCUGGUAAGAAAUAUGCAGUGUCUUGACCCUAGGCUGAUGGUUUCCAAGAAGGAACUGUGUGUGGAGAAGAUGAAAGGAGUCCUUCAUACCCUGGUUGCUGCUAGCCAAGUGAGUGCAUCAAUUUGUGACAAAGUGUUACAAGAAUUCAGAGAAUUCCUUGAUGUUGCAGCAGCCUCUCCUGCUUUUGCUAAUUUUGAACCCAAGUCUGACCAUCUUGACGUGCUGCUCCACAAGACCAUUGCACCUCAGUCUGGAUGGAGAAGUCUUUGGGAUGUGAUCCAAAUUAUCUUGGUCAUGUCCAAUGGACAAGCCAGUGUGGAGUGAGGGUUUUCAGUGAACAAGCAAGUCAUGGUGGAGAAUAUGAAGGAAGAGUCAGUAGUUGCACAGCGGGUCAUUGUUGAUAGCAUCAGGGCUGCUGGUGGCAUUGAGAAAGUCGCCAUCACCAAGGAGCUUCAGAUGUCUACUUCCUGCCCUAGACAAAGGUAUGUUGCAUACCUUGAUGACAAGAAAAAAGAAAAACAAAGCAAAUCCAAUGCUGACAAAAGGAAGAGCUUGGCAGAUGAACUUCAGGAACUGAAGCAAAAAAGAAAACAACUUGAGUCAGACAUUCAACAACUUCAGUGGUCUGCUGAUGAAUUUGCAGAGAAGGCAGAGGCGACACGAAAUAUGACAUUUAUUGUUGAGUCAAAUAGCCUGCGGCACUCAGCAAAAAUCAAGAGAGCAAGCCUGUCAGAUUUAGGCUUUUUAAGACAAACCUACAAACGGAAAGUGUUGACGCUCUGGCCUCAGCUCUGGCUUCAAACCCUUCCCAGCUGAGGGAACUGGAUCUUGG